AUGUUUCUGCUCGGCAGCGGUAGUGUGAGGUGCGAUCAAGCUGCGUGGUCAAUGGCGUGCGCUAGGGCUGUGGAGGGCACCGCCCAGGAACCGCAGGGUGAAGAUGGCGGCUGUGGUCUGUGUGAGCGACCCAGGGAUCAUGGAUCUCUGGGCGGGCAAGCUAAGGAGAGGGAACAGCAGCACGAACCUAAUGAGCGUGUGCUGUCGCUGUUGAAUCUUGUGUUGAGUGACAGCGCGCUAGCUAGUCAACUGGCAGCGGACGAGGAUAGCCGCAGCGUUGACCUCACAGUUCGCACAUGCCCCAGCACGCAGCGUACUGCUUCUGGUUCCGGUGGAACCGCGACGUCGAUGACAGGGCUCCUAGCCAGAGCUGUCUGGAUCGCUGGAGCUGAAUCGACCCUUGACCUGCAGCAGCAACAUCUGAGGAUCCUGCCCAAUUCUAACCAUGUCAUAAAGAUAUUCGGGGUACUUAUGUGGAUGACCUGUUCGUCACCGGUCAAACGAUCAAAGACGGCAAUUUGCGCUGGUGGCGCUGCAACCAACGAGCUGAACCUUGAACCUCCUGGAACCUGUAGCGGAGCGCGUGCAGGGCGCAGAAUGCUGGGCAUCUUCCAAGAAGCUAUCGUCAGCAUCGAGCGCGACUGGACACAGGUCAUUAAGGCAGCAAGGCAACAAGCGGCCAUAAUCGUCCGGGAUACCAGCCCCGAACGUGCCUCUUUCAUCAUGAUGGAGACCAAAUUACGUGUGACCGCCAACCUUACAGAGAUGUCUCCAUUUCCAUCUCACCGCAAGGCGAGCAGGCACAACUCACCAGAGCCAAGAUAUUAUUUACCUACUCCGAAGAAACGGCGGCAGCAUUUCAUCUUUAUCCAGACGGCAUGA